GCGGGGUGACGUCACAGAGGGGCGGAGUCAGUGCGUUCAAAACACAGACUGCCCUCAAUCCUCCCUGAUUUUCUGCUUCCUGCCUUGUUUUGCGCUUAUUUUUUCUCCCACUGACCCAGUUUUUUUCCGAACAAUUGGCGCUUUUUUAACUGUUAUUUGCAGUUUCUAUAUAAUGCAGCUGCUUUCCUUUAUAUUCCUUUCGAAACGCGUUUUGCUCCGAGAUUGUCCCCCCGCCCCCCCAAACAGCAUCCUACUGUUGUCUGUUUGCUGGCUGCUUUCGGUGAACAUGGACUAAUUUAAAAGCCGUAUAAAUGCACCUGCUGUCGAGGAGAUACUCCGCUUUUAAAGUCGAAGAGGUGUGUGUGCCCUGGGUGAAGCCUGGCCUGUGCUGUGGAGGCGAUGAAGAAUCCAGGAGCAGCAGAGAGCCACCGGCUGGUCGGCCUGCUGGAUGCCGCCCUGGUCAGGGAGGCUCGCCUCUGGAAGGUGCCCGUCUUCAAGAACGGAUGCAUCCAGGGCGCUGACAUCUCUUCCUCCCAACACCAAGAAAUGAUCCUUUGGCUCGGAGACAUGAGCCGGCUGUUCCAGUUCUGUCCAGAGACCUUUGCCCUGGGAGUGUGUGUCCUCAACCGACUGCUGUCCACCGUCAAGGCUCAACCAAAAUACCUGAAAUGCAUCGCGUUUACCUCACUGGUCCUGGCUGCCAAAAUCAAUGAGGAGGAUGAGGUAAUAGGUUCUGUCAGAGACCUGGUUGUGCAGAGCGGAUGCAACUUUUCGACAGCGGAGAUUCUUCGCAUGGAGAGGAUCAUUCUAGACAAGCUGCACUGGGACUUGUACACCGCAACACCGGUCGACUUCAUUCACAUAGUAAGUUAGAACUCAGCGGACAGACAAGAACUUUUUUUUUGUUUUUUAAACUGGACCUGAACUAUCAGAGCGCUUCAUCGUGAGCUUAAAUAAAUCCAGGUCCUGGUCUUGCAUAAAAACACAAGCAGUACAAAAAGCACACAUCAAACCAUCAUGCUUGCAUCGUGUUUGCGACAAGAUGGCGUCUACAAAGCCUCCCACCUCCCUCCUGCUGCCCCCGCAAGAAAGAAUUGGUCCUACUAGAGAUUGUGCAUUCAUUCCAUUUGGCUCAAUGUGCCCAUUAUCAGCAUUAAUACAAACUCCAGUCAGUUCUGGUUGAAGUGAGUCCCUCCCACAAUCACUGAACCAAAUAACAAAAUAAAAGCCUGCCUCUAA